GUACCAGGCAGAGAGGUAGUAGUAGGCCUUAAAGAUAAGGAAGGCAGGAAUAGCCUAUCCUUUAGCAUUAAUGCCUACUAUAGCUGUAGCCCACUCCUAGUUGCCUGGCUGGACUGCCUUUGGCCAACCUUCUGUAACAACUACUCCUUAGGAGAUCUAGCCUAUUAUAAAGCCUAUCUUGUUAAAGUUGUACGUGUCUUCAUCCUGGAUGCUAUACUUGGCUUUAGUGUUGGCUACUAG